GAUUGUCGUCUGUCACAUCUCUCAACUUGGCCACGUCUCAGUGUUUAAUGUAACCGUCGAUAUUUACGCAUUACGCAGCUUAUUAAUGCGAGAACGUGUAUUUUAUUCGUGUUGUUUAUGUUAAUAUACCAAGGCGAUAGUAUAUUGUUUUGCGAAACGUUUGGAUUCUUAAGAAAUCAGUAAGUUAGAAACUACUAAAGUGUUUUAAUGAAAAUACAAUAACGAAUUAUAAAUGUGUAUCAAGUAAAAGUGAACAUUUUGGGAAAUGCCUCAGUUGCGAUUGCUUCUCGUGUGUUUAAUCUUGGGUUUCGUGCUAUGCAAUCAUCAUAAAAGGACGAACCAAGAUCUCAACCGGUCGACAAUUGUGCAUCUCUUCGAAUGGAAAUGGAAGGAUAUUGCUGAUGAAUGCGAGAGAUUCCUUGCGCCGAAAGGCUUCGGUGGAGUUCAAGUAUCUCCACCCUCGGAGAAUGUUAUCAUUCGUUUAUCAGACGGUACACGACCUUGGUAUGAACGUUACCAAGUAAUGUCCUACAAGUUGAUCACCAGAUCAGGAAAUCAAGAUGAAUUUUUGAACAUGACCCGAAGAUGUAAUGAUGUUGGGAUAAGAAUUUACGCUGACGUGGUAAUUAAUCAUAUGACGAGUGACAAUAGGGAAUCUGUUGGUACAGGGGGUAGUACAGCCAACUAUAAAGAGUACAGCUACCCCGCUGUGCCGUACACGAGAGACCACUUCCAUCAUCCGUCCUGCUCUAUUAAUAAUUAUAAUGAUGCUGCACAGGUAAGGGCCUGCGAUUUGGUUGGAUUGAAGGACUUGAAUCACAACUUGCCGUAUGUUCGUGACAAAAUCGUUGAAUACCUAAACAAGCUUAUUGCAUUAGGAGUUGCCGGAUUCAGAGUGGAUGCAGCAAAACAUAUGUGGCCACACGACCUCAAAGAGAUGUACAAUAGACUUAAUAAUCUCAAUGUAGAUUUUGGCUUCCUACCUAAUACAAAACCGUACAUUUACCAAGAAGUAAUUUAUAGAGGGAAUGAGCCUAUCCAACAUACUGAAUACACACCCUUUGGUGACGUCACAGAAUUUCGGGUCGGAUACGAGUUAAAACCAGUUUUUGAGGGUAAAAAUCCAUUGAAAUGGUUGAAGUCCUGGGGCGAGAAUUGGAACUUAUCACCCAGUGACCGCGUUGUUGUAUUCAUUGACAAUCACGACACGCAGAGGUCGAAUGAAGUUUUGACGUACAAAAAUGCCAAGUCUUAUAAGGCAGCUAUAGCGUUUACACUGGCACACCCAUAUGGCGAACCUCGCGUGAUGAGCGGUUAUUUCUUCGACAGAACCGACCAAGGUCCACCAAGCGACGGUAACGAGGAAAUUUUAUCUCCAAUCAUAAAUGAUGACGACACCUGCGGCAAUGGCUGGGUUUGCGAGCAUCGUUGGCGACAGAUCUAUCAAAUGGUCGCAUUUAGAAAUGCCGUCCGAGAUACUAGAGUUGAAAAUUGGUGGGACAACGGUCUUAAUCAGAUAGCUUUCAGUCGAGGAAAUAAAGGCUUUAUCGCUAUUAACGCCGAGGGUCGAGAUUUGGAUGUUAUUUUACAGACUGGUCUUCCAUCUGGUACUUAUUGCGAUGUUAUAAGCGGGAAAAUUCAAGGCCAAGAAUGUUCCGGAAGAAAAAUAACAGUUGGCAGUGAUGGUCGUGCGCAUAUUUAUGUAUCCAAAGACGGGGAGGACAUGCAUCUUGCCACACAUGUUGGGCCGGAGUCAUUACUCCAGAUCAAGCAGAAGAUAUGAUAGCGGGUGCCUGUUUUUCAUUUGGAACAAAUUGAAGACGACUUUUCGAGCUUAAGAUUGUUUAGUGAAUAAAUGAUUAAUUUGAAAA